AUGGCUCGCCCAGCUGCAACAAGGAGAAGCAGUACUGUUGGCAGUGCGUUGGCCGUCACCCUGGUAGCUUGGCUACUUGUCCUCCAGCUUCUCCUCGUGGCGCCGGCGCCGGCGGCGGCGACGAGGGGCAUCUCCUCAUCGGGCGUCAAGAAGUUGCUUGGGUUGGCCAAAAAGGCCAGCAAGUUGGGCCGGCAAUCCCGAAUCAGGGAGGCGCGUCGCCGAAACAGCAACACCGACAUGUUGGGCAGCGCGGCGGCCGACGACGCCGGCUUCAUCGUCCUCUACAACGUCUCCGUCGGGGCCACGGCGCAGAGCAAGGUCGUCUCUGGCGUCGUCGACGUCCUCAAUGGCUUCGUCUGGACCACGGAGUGCCCGGCGGCGCCGGUGAGGGUGCCCUGCGCCAGCCAGACGUGCCGGAGCCUGGUGACUAACGAGACCACCGACGCCUGCGGCGCCAACACCGGCGAUAGGUGCGAGUACGUGUACAUGUACGGAGCGGAGUUCAACACUACCGGCUACGUCGCCAACGAGACGCUCACCGUGGGCGUGGGGGGCACCAGCACCAUGAUGGCCAGCGCGUCGUUGCUCGGCUGCAGCAACACCAGCACGGUGCCCCUCGACGGCGCGCCGGGCAGCUUCGGCUUCAACCGAGGGCCAUUAUCCCUCGUGUCGCAGCUCGGCGUCAACAAGUUCUCCUACUACCUGGUCCCGGACGAAGCCGGCAGCUCCGACUCCGAGAGCAUCGUGUUGCUCGGCGACGCCGCCGUGCCGCAGACAAGGCGAGGCGGCCGGUCGACGCCGCUGCUUCGGAGCACGGCGUUGCCCGACUAUUACUACGUCAAGCUAACCUCCAUACAGGUUGACGGACAGGCCCUGGGCGGCAUCCCCGCGGGGGCGUUCGACCUUGCCGCCGACGGCAGCUCCGGCGGCGUGGUCAUGAGCACGCUCUCCGCCGUCACCUACCUCCAAGCGGACGCCUACAACGCCCUGAAGCAAGUGAUGAUGCGGAAGAUCAAGGCGCAGGUGGUGAACGGCUCCGCGCUCGGCGACUUCGACCUGUGCUACAACGCGCAGUCCGUGGCGGCCCUCACGUUCCCGAAGAUAACGCUGGUGUUGGAUGGGGCUACGUUGGAGCUCACCUCGGUGCACUACUUCUACAGGGACAACGUCACAGGGCUGCAGUGCCUCACCAUGCUGCCGACCCCGGCGAGCGUGCCGUUCGGGUCCAUCCUGGGAAGCAUGGUUCAGGCCGGCACCAACAUGAUCUAUGACGUCGGUGCCGGGACACUGACGCUCGAGGAGGGCGCGGCGGCUCCGGUGCCCUCGCAGGUGUCGCUCAUGGCGGUUGCCUCUCUGCUCCUUGCAUGGCUGCUCCUCUUCUAG